AUGUCAGUAAAUAAAGCAGAUUUUUCAGUCAAUAUCACUGCAAAUCCCGAACAGACAGUAUCUGUGAUGAUCCCAGCAUUUGUGGAGCUGGCGGGAAGCAACACAUUUGACCACACGGUCAUUGUCCGGGCUGACCAUGAGAUCUCCAUCCUCGCUCUGAACUAUAAGCGCUAUACAGCUGAUACCACUGUAGUGUACCCUGUGGAGAAGCUCGGGACAGAGUACUAUGUGGUGACUCCACUGGGGAAUCCAGAUGGUCUCGAUAAGCAAUUUGCUGUAGUAGCCUGGAAGUAUCCCACCAUUGUUGAAGUUUACCUCAAAGGGGCUGUCACUUUCCAAGGAGAAACCUACAGACCAGGGACAAAACUGGUCAUCCCACUUGGAGCUUACCAGGCCGUCCAGCUGCAAAGCCAUGAUGACUUAUCCGGCACCAGAAUCGUGUCCCAGAAUCCCGUGGCCGUCUAUAGUGGACACGUAUGUGUUGCAAAGCACACCAAAUGUGACUAUGUGAGUGAGCAGCUCCUGCCGGUGUCUGGCUGGGGCACCACAUUCAUCGUACCUCCUUUAUCCUUCCAGCCCAAAUUUGAUCUGGUAUAUGUGGCUGCUUCCCAAUACACUCACAUUGAUUAUCAGUCUGGGAGGGUGAGAGCCACUAAGGACCUGGUUGCUGGGCAGGUUGUGACGUUUGAAAUCAAAUUCCCUAAUCCCUUGUACAUCUCUGCUAGUGCUGGGAUCCAAGUCAUCUUCUUCUGCACUGGUGGAAGCAAAGGGAAAAUCGUGUAUGAUCCCUUCCUCCUGAUGAUCCCAGAUGUCUCUGGCUAUUGCCAGACCUAUAACGUCCAUGGACAGGACCAGUAUGAGAACUACGCAAUAAUAACAGCCGAAACAUCAGAAUCUGGUGGCAUCAUCAUUGAUAAGGAACCCUUGGGAAACAUUGCAUGGAGGCCAAUUCCAGGCACAGGGUUCUCUUGGGCUGAAUACAACCUUGGCAAAGAGUUUAAGAGAGAAACCAUGGAGCACCCCACAACUCCUUUUGGGCUUCUGAGCAUUGGAAUUGCAUCCAGAUCUGGGUAUGGCUCACCAGCUAUUGGUGCAAGCAGCGCCGAAGUGGCUACUGUCCUGGCUGCUGUUGAGGGGGACCUCGUAGAGGCGGGUGGGGACUUUGCCUCUAUUUUUGACGAGAUCGAGGCCUUGGGCUUGACCACAACCACUGAGGAAGUGGACACCUCCCUGUUAGAGGGGCUCGCUGAGGAUCAGGAUCCCAGUGACAUUCUCCAGGAGCAAAGCUGGGAAGUGGAAGAUGAGGAUCAGUUUUGCUGGCACGAUUGCAUUGGAGGCUGCAGGCCCUGUGCCCCCAGCAUAGCCAGAAAGUACAAGGAGGAGGCCUCGUGCGGCCUGAUAACCAAGGUCUCAGAUGGGCCCUUCAGCCAGUGCCACAGCAAGGUGGAUCCUACAGUCUACUUGGACAACUGCGUGUACGAUCUGUGUCACAACGACGGCUACCGGAAGGCCCUGUGUGAGGCUCUGAAGGCCUAUGCGGACGCCUGCCAGCUGGAGGGGGUCAGGAUUGGGGAAUGGAGGCAGCUGGCCAGAUGUCCCAUGGAGUGCCCCCUGGAGAACAGCAAUUACCAGCUCUGUGGAACAGCCUGCCCAGCCACGUGUGUGGACCAGUCAGCCCCCAGCAGCUGCCAAGACCCCUGCGUGGAAAGCUGCCAGUGCAAGGAUGGUUUUGUGCUGAGCCAGGGCAAAUGCAUCCCCAAGGGCGGCUGUGGGUGCCUGUUCGAGGGGCGCCCCUAUGCCCCCAACGAGAGCUUCUGGGUCGACGAGGAACGGAAAUCCGACUUCCAAGGCACCUGCCGCUACCAGCUCACGGCUCUGUGCAAGAAGGCGGAGGGACUGGUGGACUUUGAGGUUUACUUCCAGGAAAGCAAUACUGGUCCUGUGCAGAUCAAGGUUUAUGAGACUGACAUCAGGGUCAGCAAUCAGUUCCCUGGGAAAAGCAUGGUGAACAGUAUCCUGAUUACCCUUCCCUUCAACCUCGAUGAUACGAAAAUCACUGUAUAUAGAAAGGGCUGGGCCACAGUGAUCCAGACAGACUUUGGUCUCACCGUUACCUAUGCCGGGUGUGUAGAGGCUAUUGAAAAAGAACAACGAGGUAGCAGAGGGCAGUGUGGGCUCAUCCUAUACAACAGUGGCCCUUUCAGAGGAUGUCACAGCAAAGUGGACCCUCAUGGAUACUUCGUAGACUGCGUGUACGGCUAUUGCGUCCUCAGUGCGCGUGAAAGUAAUGUCUGCCAGGCCGUUGCUGCCUAUGCCGAGGCAUGUCAGGAAGCUGGAGCUAUGGUGCGUCCCUGGAGGACUACGCAAUUCUGCUCUCCGUCCUGUCCCCUGAACAGUCACUAUGAAUUCUGCAGCAGCAGCUGCGAUCUGACAUGCAGCAACCUCUAUGCCCCGGUGCAAUGCAUGACCCAGUGUAAGGAAGGCUGCGUGUGUGACGAGGGCUUUGUUCUCAGUGGCGACCGCUGUAUCCCCAUUUCCCGGUGCGGAUGCCUCCACAGGGGACUUUACUACCAGGCUGCAGAGAGCUUCCACCCGAGUGGUUCAUGUGAGGAGCAGUGCAUGUGUCAGGCUGGUGGGGAGGUUGUGUGUAAGGCAUUCUCCUGCGGCGCUGGUGAGCAAUGCAGGGUGGUGGACGGCGUCCAGAAAUGCCACCCAUUUGGAUCUGCGACCUGUUCUGCCUCUGGCCAUCCCCACUACCUCUCUUUCGACGGGGUCUCCUUUGACUUCCAAGGCACCUGCACCUACAUCCUGGCCAAGACCUGCACUGAUGCCAGCCACCUUACACCAUUCACUAUCAGCAUAGAGAAACAAUCCUGGGGCAACUGGAACAUCUCCAUGGCCAAGCUGGUGUCCAUUCAGGUGUAUGGGAUCACACUCACCCUGCUGCAGAACAGACAGGGGCUCAUCAUGGUGGAUGGGGUGUUCCACAACCUCCCGGUGAUCACGGCCAACAGGCGGCUCCAAGCAUAUCAGCAUGGUACUAACAUCCUGGUGCAAACUGACUUUGGCCUCAUUGUGAGUUACGACCUGGUUUACCAGGCCAGAGUCACCGUUCCACAGCGAUACCAGGGCCACACGUGUGGCCUGUGCGGGAACUACAGUGGACAGCAGGACAGCAAGUUUCUACUCCCCAAUGGCAGGACAGCCUCUGAUGUGGCAGCAUUUGUGUCUGCUUGGGAAGUCCAGGUCCCAGGAGCAUCAUGUGUAGACAGAUGCGCUGGGAACAGCUGUCCAGUUUGUGAGGAGAGGAAGAAGGAUGUCUUCAAACAGCACCACUACUGUGGGUUGCUCAUAGCCCCUGACAGCCCCUUCACUGCCUGCCACGGCACGGUCAGCCCCAGUGUGUAUUUCAACAACUGCCUGUAUGAUCUGUGCCUCAGCAAUGGAGAUGCACAGGCUCUGUGCCAGAGCAUGCACAGCUACGUGACAGCCUGCCAAGAGGCCAAAGUCACCAUCCCACCCUGGAGGAGCGCCUCCUUCUGCCCUGUGACCUGCCCUGCCAACAGCCACUAUGAGGUCUGUGCUGACCUGUGCACUGUCACCUGUGCUGGAAACAUCAUAGAUUGCCCGGAGACCUGUGCCGAAGGCUGCCAAUGUGAUGAGGGCUUCUUCUUCGAUGGCCAGGGCUGUGUGACUCAGGAGAGCUGUGGAUGCUUCGAACAGGGGAAAUACUACAAGCCUAGUGAGACGGUCCUGAUGAAUGAGUGCCAGCAAAGCUGCACAUGUGUUCCCACCCGAGGGGUGACCUGCGAAGUCCACAGCUGCUCCAGAGGAGAAACCUGCCAGAUCAGAGAUGGCGUCAUGGGCUGCAUCAGCCAAGUUAUUCCAUCCUGCAGUGUGGUUCGCUGCAGAGAAGGAACUAUUUGCAAGAUGAUAAAUGGGCAGCCAGAGUGUGUGCCAGUCUCUCAGGCCACGUGCUGGGCUGGGGGUUACUUGCAUUACCACACCUUCGAUGGACGGGCGUAUGAUUUCCACGGCACCUGCAACUACACUGUGGCCAAGACCUGCAGGAAUGACUCCGUCCUGCCCUCCUUCCAUGUCACGGCCAAGAUCGAGAACAGGGGGAACACACAGGUCUUCUACAUUGGGUCGGUAACUGUCCAGGUGGAUGGAGUCACCAUCACAGCAGCCAGGGCUGAGGUUGGCUUUGUGGGGGUGAAUAACACCAGGGCCCACUUACCCAUCUCCCUGAACAACGGGGCCCUUCGACUCUAUCAGAGCGGCACCUCCCUCGUCCUCCGCACCGACUUCAACCUCAGAGUGUCCUAUGACUGGAACAACCUCCUGAGACUCACCGUCCCUAAUGACUUCUCUGAGAGCCUGUGCGGCCUGUGCGGCAACUGUAACGGGGACCCUUCCGAUGACUUCCGGACCCCGGACGGGGACCUGGCUCCCAGUGUCACCGCCCUGGGGAAAAGCUGGGCGGUGGAAGAUGAGGAUCACAUCACCAGAAAGUACAAGGAGGAGGCCUCGUGCGGCCUUAUAACCAAGGUCUCAGAUGGGCCCUUCAGCCAGUGCCACACCAAGGUGGAUCCUACAGUCUACUUGGACAACUGCGUGUACGAUCUAUGCCAGAACAACGGCUACAGGAUGGCCCUGUGUGAGGCCCUGAAGACCUACGCGGACACCUGCCAGCUGGAGGGGGUCAGGAUUGGGGAAUGGAGGCAGCUGGCCAGAUGCCCCAUGGAGUGCCCUCUGGAGAACAGCCAGUACCAGCUCUGUGGAACAGCCUGCCCAGCCACGUGUGUGGACCAGUCAGCCCCCAGCAGCUGCCAAGACCCCUGUGUGGAAAGCUGCCAGUGUAAGAAUGGUUUUGUGCUGAGCCAUGGCAAAUGCAUACCCAAGAGCAGCUGUGGGUGCCUAUUUGAGGGGCGCCCCUAUGCCCCCAACGAGAGCUUCUGGGUCGAUGAGGCAUGUGGGACACGGUGCAUAUGCAAUGCAACCACUAAACAAGUCGAAUGCGUGGCCGUCACGUGCAAACAGUCGGAGAGGUGCGGGCUAGUGAACGGCGUAUGGGGUUGUUACCCCUCCAGCUAUGCCACCUGCUCUGUGACAAGGAAUCUGCACUACACCACCUUUGAUGGACAGAGAUACGACUUCCAAGGCACCUGCCGCUAUCAGCUCGCGGCUCUGUGCAAGAAGGCAGAGGGACUGGUGGACUUUGAAGUCUACUUUCAGGAGAACAAUACCGCUCCUGUACAGAUCAAGGUGUAUCAGACCAACCUCAGGGUCAGCAAUCCAUUCCCUGGAAAAGUCCUGGUGAACAAUGUCCUGAUGAAUCUUCCCCUGAACCUCAUUGAUAAGAAAAUCUCUGUGUAUAGAAAUGGCUGGGCCACAGUGAUCCAGGCAGACUUUGGCCUCACUAUUACCUUUGCUGGGUGGUCAGGACGCACUACGGUCACUAUGCCAGUGACCUACACGGGAGCCAUGUGUGGUCUGUGUGGCAACUUCAACAGUGACAGGGAGGACGACAUGCUCAUGAGGGAUGGCACACUGGCACCAAACCCCACCAGCUUUGGCCAGAGUUGGAAGGUGGGCGACCUCCCGGGAUGCUCUGCAGUAACGAUACCACCAUGCGCAAGUGUAGAGACUAUUGAAAAACAACAACGAGGUAGCAGAGGGCAGUGUGGAAUCAUCCUCCACAAGAGUGGCCCCUUCAGUGGAUGUCACAGCAAAGUGGACCCCAAUGGAUACUUUGUAGACUGCGUGUAUGGGUAUUGCAUCCUCAGUGGGCGGGAGAGUAACGUCUGCCAGGCCGUUGCUGGCUAUGCCGAGGCAUCUCCAUCCUGUCCCCCGAACAGUCACUAUGAAUUCUGCAGCAGCAGCUGCGAUCUGACAUGCAGCAACCUCUAUGCCCCGGUGCAAUGCACGACCCAGUGUAAGGAAGGCUGCGUGUGUGACGAGGGCUUUGUUCUCAGUGGCGACCACUGCGUCCCCAUUUCCCAGUGCGGAUGCCUCCACAGGGGACUUUACUACCAGGAUGAGGAAACCUUCCACCCUAGCGGUUCAUGCGAGGAGCAGUGCGUGUGUCAGGCUGGUGGGGAAGUUGUGUGUAAGGCAUUCUCCUGCGGCGCUGGUGAGGAAUGCGGGGUGGUGGACGGUGUCCAGAAAUGUCACCCAUUUGGAUCUGCGACCUGUUCUGCCUCUGGCCAUCCCCACUACCUCUCUUUUGACGGGAUCGCCUUUGACUUCCAAGGCACCUGCACGUACAUCCUGGCCAAGACCUGCACCGAUGCCAGUCACCUAACACCAUUCACUAUCAGCGUAGAGAAAGAAGAUUGGGGCACCAGGAACAUGUCCGUGGCCAAGCUGGUAUCCAUUAAGGUGUAUGGGAUCACACUCACCCUGCUGCAAAACAAACAGGGGCUCAUCAUGGUGAACGGAGUGUCCCACAACCUCCCAGUGAUUGUGGCUGAUGGACAACUUAGAGUGUAUCAACAUGGCACAAACAUUCUGGUGCAAACCAACUUCGGCCUCACUGUGAGCUACGACCUGGUUUACCAGGCCAGGGUCACCAUCCCAGAGAGCUACAAGGGCCAGACGUGCGGUCUGUGCGGGAACUACAACGGACAGGAAGAUGAGGAGUUUCUGCUCCCUGAUGGCAGGACAGCCCCUGAUGCAGCAGCAUUUGGCUCUGCUUGGGAAGUCCAGAUCCCAGGAGCAUCCUGUACAGACAGAUGUGCUAGAAACAGCUGUCCAGUUUGCGAAGAGAAGAAGGAGGUCUUCAAAGGGCACAACUACUGUGGGCUGCUCACAGAUCCUGAUGGCCCCUUCACGGCCUGCCACGGCACGGUCAGCCCCAUCGUGUAUCAGAGCAACUGCCUGUAUGAUCUGUGCCUGGGCAACGGGGACGCACAGGUUCUGUGCCAGAGCAUUCACAGCUACGUGACGGCCUGCCAAGAGGCUGGGGUCCCCAUCCUGCCCUGGAGGAACACCUCCUUCUGCUCUGUGAGCUGCCCAGUCAACAGCCACUAUGAGGUCUGCGCUGACCUCUGUACCACCACCUGCUCUGGAGAAAUCAUGGACUGCCCAGAGACCUGUGCUGAGGGCUGCCAGUGUGACGAUGGCUUCUUCUUCGAUGGCCAGGGCUGUAUGACUCCAGAAAGCUGUGGGUGCUUCGAACGUGGGAGAUAUUACAAGCCCAAUGAGACGGUCCUGACGAAUGAGUGCCAGCAAAGCUGCACCUGCGUUCCUGCUCGAGGGGUGACUUGUAAAGCCCACGGCUGCUCCCGAGAAGAAAUCUGCCAGAUUAGAGAUGGCGUCAGAGCCUGCAUCAGCAAAGUUAUUCCAUCCUGCAGUGUGGUUCGCUGCAGAGAAGGAACUAUUUGCAAGAUGAUAAAUGGGCAGCCAGAAUGUGUGCAAGUCUCUCAGGCCACAUGCUGGGCUGGGGGUUACUUGCAUUACCACACCUUCGAUGGACGGGCGUAUUAUUUCCAUGGCACCUGCAACUACAUGUUGGCCAAGACCUGCAGGGAUGACUCCGUCCUGCCCUCCUUCCAUGUCACGGCCAAGAUCGAGAACAGGGGGAACACACAGGUCUUCUACAUUGGGUCGGUAACUGUCCAGGUGGAUGGAGUCACCAUCACAGCAGCCAGGGCUGAGGUCGGCUUUGUGGAGGUGAAUAACACCAGGGCCCACUUACCCAUCUCCCUCAACAACGGGGCCCUUCGGCUCUAUCACAGCGGCACCUCCCUCGUCCUCCGCACUGACUUCAACCUCAGCAUGUCCUAUGACUGGAACAACCACCUGAGGAUCACCGUCCCCAGGGUCUUCUCCGACAGCCUGUGCGGCCUGUGUGGCAACUAUAACGGGGACCUCUCCGAUGACUUCCGGACCCCGGACGGGGACCUGGCUCCCAGUGUCACCGCCCUGGGGAAAAGCUGGGCAGUGGAAGAUGAGGAUCAGUUUUGCUGGCACGAUUGCAUUGGAGGUUGCAGGCCCUGUGCCCCCAGCAUAGCCAGAAAGUACAAGGAGGAGGCCUCGUGCGGCCUGAUAUCCAAGGUCUCAGAUGGGCCCUUCAGCCAGUGCCACACCAAAGUGGAUCCCACAGUCUACUUGGAAAACUGCGUGUACGAUCUGUGCCAGAACGACGGCUACCGGAAGGCCCUGUGUGAGGCCCUGAAGGCCUAUGCAGACGCCUGCCAGCUGGAGGGGGUCAGGAUUGGGGAAUGGAGGCAGCUGGCCAGAUGCUCCAUGGAGUGCCCCCUCGAGAACAGCCAGUACCAGAUCUGUGGAACAGCCUGCCCAGCCACGUGUGUGGACCAGUCAGCCCCCAGCAGCUGCCAAGACCCCUGCGUAGAAAGCUGCCAAUGCAAGGAUGGUUUUGUGCUGAGCCAGGGCAAAUGCAUCCCCAAGAGCGGCUGUGGGUGCCUAUUCGAGGGGCGCCCCUAUGCCCCCAACGAGAGCUUCUGGGUCGAUGAGGCAUGUGGGACACGGUGCAUAUGCAAUGCAACCACUAGGCAAGUCGAAUGCGUGACCGCCAUGUGCAAACAGUCGGAGAGGUGCGGGCUAGUGAAUGGUGUACGGGGCUGUUACCCCUCCAGCUAUGCCACCUGCUCUGUGACAAGGAAUCUGCACUACACCACCUUUGAUGGACAGAGAUACGACUUCCAAGGCACCUGCCGCUACCAGCUCACGGCUCUGUGCAAGAAGGCAGAGGGAUUGGUGGACUUUGAAGUCUACUUCCAGCAGAACAAUACCGUUCCUGUACAGAUCAAGGUGUAUCAGACCAACCUCAGGGUCAGCAAUCAAUUCCCUGGGAAAGUCCUGGUGAAUAAUUUCCUGAUGAAUCUUCCCUUCGUUGAUAAGAAAAUCUCUGUGUAUAGAAAUGGCUGGGCCACAGUGAUCCAGGCAGACUUUGGCCUCACUGUUACCUUUGCCGGGUGGUCAGGACGCAUCACGGUCACUCUGCCAGGGACCUACGCGGGAGCCGUGUGUGGUCUGUGUGGCAACUUCAACAGUGACAGGGAGGAUGACAUGCUGAUGAGGGAUGGCACACUGGCACCAAGCCCCGUCAGCUUUGGCCAGAGCUGGAAGGUGGGCGACCUCCCGGGAUGCUCUGCAGUAACGAUACCACCAUGCGCAAGUGUAGAGGCUAUUGAAAAACUACAACGAGGUAGCAGAGGGCAGUGUGGGUUCAUCCUCCACAAGAGUGGCCCCUUCAGAGGAUGUCACAGCAAAGUGGACCCUCAUGGAUACUUCGUAGACUGCGUGUACGGCUAUUGCGUCCUCAGUGGGCGGGAGAGUAACGUCUGCCAGGCCAUUGCUGGCUAUGCUGACUGCGGAUGCCUCCACAGGGGACUUUACUACCAGGCUGAGGAGACCUUCCACCCAAGCGGUUCAUGCAAGGAGCAGUGCAUGUGUCAGGCUGGUGGGGAAGUUGUGUGUAAGGCAUUCUCCUGCGGCGCUGGUGAGGAAUGCGGGGUGGUGGACGGCAUCCAGAAAUGCCACCCAUUUAGAUCUACGACUUGUUCUGCCUCCGGCCAUCCCCACUACCUCUCUUUCGACGGGGUCGCCUUUGACUUCCAAGGCACCUGCACCUACAUUCUGGCCAAGACCUGCACCAAUGCUAGUCACCUUACACCAUUCAUUAUCAGCAUAGAGAAAGAAGAUUGGGGUUCCAGGAACGUUUCUGUGGCUAAGCUGGUGUCCAUUAAGGUGUAUGGGAUCACACUCACCCUGCUGCGGAACAAACAGGGGCUCAUCAUGGUGAAUGGGGUGUCCCACAACCUCCCAGUGAUCGUGGCUGAUGGGAGAGUUAGAGUGUAUCAACAUGGCACAAACAUUCUGGUGCAAACCAACUUCGGCCUCACUGUGAGCUACGACCUGGUUUACCAGGCCAGGGUCACCAUCCCAGAGAGCUACGAGGGCCAGACGUGCGGCCUGUGCGGGAACUACAACGGACAGGAAGAUGAGGAGUUCCUGCUCCCUGAUGGCAGGACAGCCCCUGAUGCAGCAGCAUUUGGCUCUGCUUGGGAAGUCCAGAUCCCAGGAGCAUCCUGUACAGACAGAUGUGCUGGAAACAGCUGUCCAGUUUGCGAAGAGAAGACGAAGGAGGUCUUCAAAGGGUGCAACUACUGUGGGCUGCUCACAGAUCCUGAUGGCCCCUUUGCAGCCUGCCACGGCAUGGUCAGCCCCAUCGUGUAUCAGAGCAACUGCCUGUAUGAUCUGUGCCUUGGCAACGGGGACGCACAGGUUCUGUGCCAGAGCAUUCACAGCUACGUGACGGCCUGCCAAGAGGCUGGGGUCCCCAUCCUGCCCUGGAGGAACACCUCCUUCUGCUCUAUGAGCUGCCCAGCGAACAGCCACUAUGAGGUCUGCGCCGACCUCUGCACCUCCACCUGCAAUGGAGACAUCAUGGACUGCCCGGAGACCUGUGCUGAAGGCUGCCAGUGUGACGAUGGCUUCUUCUUCGAUGGCCAGGGCUGUGUGACUCCAGAAAGUUGUGGGUGCUUCGAGCGUGGGAGAUACUACAAGGCCAAUGAGACGGUCCUGACGAACGAGUGCCAGCAAAGCUGCACCUGCGUUCCUGCUCGAGGGGUGACUUGUAAAGCCCACGGCUGCUCCCAAGAAGAAAUCUGCCAGAUUAGAGAUGGCCUCAGGGGCUGCAUCAGCAAAGUUAUUCCAUCCUGCAGUGUUGUCCACUGCAGAGAAGGAACUAUUUGCAAGAUGAUAAAUGGGCAGCCAGAGUGUGUGCCAGUCUCUCAGGCCACGUGCUGGGCUGGGGGUUACUUGCAUUACCACACCUUCGAUGGACGGGAGUAUGAUUUCCACGGCACCUGCAACUACACGGUGGCCAAGACCUGCAGGGAUGACUCCGUCCUGCCCUCCUUCCAUGUCACGGCCAAGAUCGAGAACAGGGGGAACACACAGGUCUUCUACAUUGGGUCGGUAACUGUCCAGGUGGAUGGAGUCACCAUCACAGCAGCCAGGGCUGAGGUUGGCUUUGUGGGGGAGCCACUCUCCAAUGGCUUUAACUGA